GUGGGGAGGGGGAGCGGGGCGAAGCGGGCGGCAACUACAAGUCCCGGCAAGCUGCGCCGCGCUGCCGCCCCACCGCUCCCGUCGCAGCCGCCCCGAGAGGAAGAGGAAGUGGCGGGCAGGGGAGGUAAUGGAGUCUUGCAGCUCUACCAGCAUUUCCGAGAGCAAAUCGCCGACUUCUGAAAGUGAAGAUGAGAUAGAGUUUGUUGGAGAAGAACCCUUAAGACCUGUACUUGAAUGCAUUGAUCUUGUCAGUAGCGAUGAUGAAGAACCUAACAGCAGUUCUUAUGCUCAUAGAAAUACUAAGCGUAAAGAUUACAUUGACUACCAGAAAGAAAGAGUUGCAUCAACCCUGGAUCGCCUGGCACGCCAUGUUGAAGUAGAGAAACAGCAAAAGGAAGAGAAAAACAAAGCCUUCAAGGAGAAAGUUGAUUCCCAGUAUGCUCACGGGUUGCAGGAACUGGAAUUUAUUCGGGAACACAGUGACACAGAAGCUGCAAGAUUAUGUGUGGACCAAUGGUUAAAAAUGCCAGGUCUCAAACCAGGCACUGUUAACAGUGGAAGAAGGGGUGUUUGUCAGAGAGCAGGUCAGAUGCAAGUCAACAGAAGUCCCAUUUCUUGUCCUGUGAUGCAUUGCAACAGAAAGUUUGAUAAUGGACAUCUGCUCCUAGGUCACCUGAAAAGGUUUGAUCAUUCUCCUUGUGACCCAACAGUCACAUUACUUGGACCCCCAAAUAAUGCUGUUGCCUGUGUGAUAUGCUGCCAAACAUUUUCAACCUUUCAGCAGUACAGUGAUCAUCUUUUAUCUAAGCUGAAUCAAAAUGACGGACAUGAAAAAGAUCUUCCUCCACAGCAUAUUCAGUGUUUUGCAUGCCCAUGCUGCUUCCUCCUCUUCACCAAAAGAGAUGAAUGCUUGAAGCAUAUGUCAGGAAAGAACCACUUUCUCCAGCUUUCUAAACAGAACGAAAUGCAGGCUGAUGUUCCUCUACCUUUCCCAUCCUAUGCAAAGAAGCUGCUGAUAUCUCUCUGCAAAGAGGUUCCCUUCCAAGUGAAAUGUAUGUCCUGCUUACAGAUACUACGCUCCCAUAUGGAAUUAACAGCUCACUUCAGAACACGUUGUCGUAAUUCUGGCCCUAUGGCAGUGUCCAAGAAGAGGAUCUCCCAGGUUGCAGAGAUAUUCAGAACAAAAGGUCACUGUGAGAACUGUGAUGAGCUGCUUGUUGAUGAGAAUCAGAUCAUGCAGCAUAAGCAAAGCACGAAACAUAACGUUAAAGUUCUUACUACAAUGGAAGAGUCCAUCUUGAUGUUCUGUCAUAUCAAUGAAAAAAAUAAAAAUGCAUCUCAUUUGUGCCAUACUGUGGAUUGGUCAAGACCAUUGCUUAAGAGACAUUUGAGCUCAAAUGAGUCAGCCAGUGAAAGUGAAUUUACUCCUUCAAAACGGAAGAGUGGUUUAAAAAACAGCAACGAAGAUCGUGUCAGAAACCAAAACCAAGGUAGUGCUUGCAAAGUGAAAGCCUGGUUUUGUGAAUGCCUUCGAAAGUUUCUUACAGAAGAGUCAGUAGAAAAACAUAUUUUGUCAGCAAAUAGGAUCUGUCACAAAUGUGCUGUAUGUGGAAAGCUUGCUGAAAACUCAAGUAUCAUCCGCCUGCAUAUGAGCAGGUUUCACGGAGGGGCGCACUUGACGAACUUUCUUUACUGGUGCAGAGCAUGCUCUGUAGAUCUCCUCAAAGAAGAGGAUAUUAUGAGACAUGUGACUGAGUUCCAUGGUGGACAUAGUUACUAUUAUGAGCAAGAAGCUCUUGAAGAUGAACCUAUGCCAUCAGCAUCUAAUACAAUGUACAUUUCCAAAGAUGAAAGGAAAGACUCCUUUCCUAGCCGUAUGGAAAUCUCUCCUGAAAAAAUUCCUCAUCUGGGAAAAUGGCAGUGCCAGAUUUGUGAGGAGAUGUUUGAAUCUGAAGACAGCGUUAAGCAGCAUUGUAUGUCCCUAGAAAGCCAUGCGUUUCACAGAUAUUGCUGUGGAUUCUGCAAAAAUCACUUUCGGAAAGUAGGAACGCUACAGCGACACUUCCAAGAGAGUCACAACGGAGAGAGAAAAACUAAAUACUUCUGUGGCCUUUGUGGCGAUCUCUUUUUUGACAUAGAGGAAGAAUUUCUAAUCCAUUAUAAGGAGUCUCAUAGCAUGGACUAUGUAUUUGUGCCCGAGCAGACGGAAAUAUCAAUAAAAAAAGAAGACGACUUCGUCCCAGAAGAAAAUGGAGACUAUCUAACCUGUGGUUGCCGGACGACUUACAUCUCCAAAGUAAACAGGAGGAAUGACUUAGUGAAUUGUCAGAAAGCCAUGCUGCAGGAAGGAAACUUAUGGUUUCGCUGCUGCUUGUGUUCUGCAACUGCGCAGAAUUUUGCAGAUUUGAACAGUCAUCUCAACAGCCACACAUCAGUGAAAAGUAAGGGAGAGAUGUAUGUUGUUAGAUGUGCUGCAUGCAACAAAAAUUUUGAUGAUCUUCAGAGUGCACAUCAGCACUAUCACAUGAAACACUGCUUCUUACAGAAACCUGAUAUAUCAAGUUUUGCAUCAGAACCAGAAAAUGCAGUAUUCAAGUUCACGGCAAGUGGGGCUUGUGUGGACAAAAAACCCCAUGAACUAAAAUUUCAUGCAAAUCCAUCCAGGACUCAGGGAAGAUCACAGUCUUCUCCCCAGAAGGGACCGAUCUAUGGAAAGAAAGGAAAAACUGAAAAUUCAGCGUGCUCCACAGAGCCUGACAGUGAACUUCCAGAUCUUGACUAUUUGAGUACCAUGACUCACAUUGUGUUGGUGGAUCUGGACAACUGGGGAAGCUUAUUCACACAGCUGCCAGCCAACCUGAACCAAGGAACAUUUAUCUGGGGCUUUCAAGGUAAAGUGGUCAAAGGAAAAAAGAUGAGUGAGUUUACACACAUAUUUGAGCAGAGAUUCUUUGAGAGAAUAAAGAGUGGAGGAAAAAAGCAACCCUUGGGGCCUCUUAAAUCAUUACAUCACAGAAAUCAAGUAACAGAAAUGUUCUCAAACUUUUCUAACUCGGCCUUAAGCUCUGCUCUUAUUAUUCCUUGUAGAAUACUGUUCCAGAGGUGCUAAAUGGUUUGGGGAGUCUUUUUGGCUCCCAGCUGAACUUGCUUAGGUGGUAUGCUAGCUUUUCAUAGUUCUCAGGACAUACAUAAUACUCAGAGGGAGAAAAAAAGAAAAAAUGAAUUUCUUUCUGGCUAGUUUCUAACACCCAAGUCCUUGUCAUAUUUUUUUCUUUUUAGAUCCAGAAGGCAUGAAUUUGCAUUCCUGUAUUUCAAUUUUCUUUUGUCUCUGGUCAUCCUAUACUCAAUUUCUUGCUUUCCAAAUGGGGUCGAUGCAUUCAGGCUGCCUAGUUGGGAAUUUUUUUGCUAAAGAUCUUGAACAGAAAGACCGUGCUGAAGAGUUAGAGGCCAUUAAAAUGGGCCCAAUUUGUAUUGAAGAACAUUUUGGUUGUUUAUUAGUGUCACAAGGAUUGUUGCAAAGCUUGGGAAUACUAAGGUUCAUGAGGACUAUAACAGUAGUUUGUAGAGUUAUUUAAUGCAUGCUAUUCCUGUUCAUUUAGCUUGUGAAAAUACAGUGACAUCCCUGUCUCAUGUUUUUCUGUGCUUUCCAAACAGCAUCAUGACUGUGUUGUUUUUUAAUGAUACGU